UCUGUACUUUUGUGUUCAUCACAUUUUAUUUUACUCUGUAGAGUCCCUGCGCCGAAGCAAGGCACAUCUAUUCCCUCCUCAAAUCCUCCCUCUGUCUCGCUUUCUCGCCCCUUGUGCACUUCCACCGCUGCCAUGCUAUUUCUUCCAUCGGCCACCGACUGCUGCUGCAACCGAAGAUCGGUGCAGCUUGAUACUCACACUUACCGCGCCAAAUUAGAUCGAAUAAUCAAAGACCAUGGAGGUUGGGCCUCAACAUAUUGAUGUUGCCUCAGUCGAUGCAGAUGAAUCGGCUAAAGCUAUUGAGCUAGAUAAAGGAAAAUGCAUUAUUGAUGACUUGCCUACAAUGGAAGAGCAACAAGAAAGCAUAGAUGAAAAUAUAAAAAGAAAGUUUGAGGAAAGAUGUGCCCUUAUUCCGAAAGAGUAUAUCCCAAAAGUUGGUAUGGUGUUUAAGACAGAAGAGGAGGCAUACGAUUUUUACAAUAGAUAUGCAGGAAUGUUGGGAUUCAUCACUCGAAAGUCUAAUAGAAAUAUAUGUCGGAGGACAGGUGAAGUGAAUUAUAGAAAAUUUUGUUGUUCUAAACAGGGGAAACGUGAAGUAGAUAAACGUAGACCUUGUGUUAGAUGUCAUCGGGCUGAGACAAGAUGUGGUUGUAUGGCAGAGAUGAGGAUAAGUCUUCGGGAAGAUGGUUGCUUUCACGUUAUUGUUUUUAAUGAGACUCAUAACCAUAUUAUUGCAAUCCCCACAAAAGCACCCAAAUUAAGAUCUCAAAGAAUGACAUCUGAGGCACAAGCUGCACAAGUUAAACCAACGGACAAUUCAAGGAUAACUCCAAAAGCAUCAAUGGAAUUGGAGGUUGGGCCUCACUCUAUCCAUAGGUUGGAUUUUGAAUCCAAUGGUAAUGAAUGUCAACAUAUUGAUGUUGUCUUACAUGGAGCCGAUGAAUCGUCUAAGUCUGUUGAACUAGAUAAGGGAGAAAGUAUUGUUAAUGAUUUUCCAACAAAAGAGCAACAACAACAAAGCUUCGAUGCAAGCAUAAAAAGGAAGCUCAAAGAAAGAUGUGCCCUCAUUCCUGAAGAGUGUACCCCAAAAGUUGGUAUGAUGUUUAAGACAGAAGAGGAGGCAUACGAUUUUUAUAAUAGAUAUGCUGGAAUGUUGGGAUUUACCACUCGAAAAUCUAAUAGAAAUCUAUGUCGUAUGACUGGCGAAGUGAACUAUAGAAAGUUUUGUUGUUCUAAACAAGGGAAGCGUGCAGUAGAUAAACGUCGACCCAAUGUCAAGCAGCCUAGGGUAGAGACAAGAUGUGGUUGUAUGGCGGAGAUGAGGAUAAGUAUUCGGGAAGAUGGUUUCUUUCAUGUGAUUGUUUUUAGUGAAAUUCAUAACCAUAUUAUUGCAGCCCCUAGAAAAGCACAUACAUUAAGAUCUCGAAGAAUAAACUCUGAAGCACAAGUUAAACAAGCUAAAAUGGCAAAUGAUCUAGGGUUAGCUCUAAAAGCAUCAAUGGAAUUGAUAGCCAAGGAAGCUGGUGCGCAUGAAAAUGUUGAAUCCACUUCUACGGAUUUAAAGAAUUACUUGCAUUCAUGUAGGACUGGGAAUAUGGAAAAGGGGGAAGCAGGUGCUAUUCUACAAUAUUGUCAAGACAUGCAAGAAAAGGACCCAUCUUUUUCUUAUGCCGUACAAUUGGACCAAGAUGAGCUAGUCACAAAUAUGUUUUGGGCAGAUGCACAUAUGAUAGUAGAUUAUAGUCACUUUGGUGAUGUUGUGUGUUUUGACACAACAUAUAGAAUCAACAAUGAAAAUCGACCAUUUGCACUUUUUGUGGGGGUGAAUAAUCAUAAGCAAUCAAUCAUAUUUGGUGCUGCAUUUUUGUAUGAUGAAACUGUAGAAACUUUUGAGUGGUUGUUUAAGACUUUCAUCAAAACAAUGGGUGGGAAAAGGCCGAAGACAAUUUUGACUGAUGAUGAUGCAUCUAUAGCAAAGGCAAUUGGUUUGGUGUUGCCAGGAUCACAUCAUCGACUAUGUGUUUGGCAUGUUUUCCAAAAUGCCACAAAACACCUUAGUGGUGUUUUUCAGAAUUUUAAGACAUUUUCCGAGGAUCUUAGCAAAUGUGUAUUUGAUUAUGAAGAAGUGGAUGAAUUUGAAAAUGCAUGGGAAAGUAUGAUCAAUAAGUACAAUCUUCAAGAAAAUGAUUGGUUACAGAAGUUGUAUGAGAAAAGAUAUAGAUGGGCUCUAGUGUUUGGGCGGCAAACAUUUUCUGCUGAUAUAAGCACAACUCAAAGAAGUGAAAGUAUGAAUAGUUGUUUGAAAAAAUAUCUUAACAUCAAAUAUGAUUUGUCAAGAUUUCUUCGACAUUUUGAAAGAGUGGUUGCUGAUAGGCGGUAUGAAGAGUUAAAAGCUGAAUUUGCAACACAAAAUAUCCCCACAUUAGCUGUACAAGUGGAUAUAUUGAAUUAUGUUGCUCAUAUAUAUACUCCGCCAAUAUUUUCCAUGUUUUAUACUGAAGUACUGCAGCAACUAAAUUGUAGUAUUGAUGAAGAUCGUGUUGUGUCUGAAACAAUAACUGAAUAUGAAGUUAGUGUGUCUGGAAAAAGGAAACACAUAGUUGCUUUUAAUUCAGCAAAUGAUUUGGUCAACUGUAGUUGUAGAAAGUUUGAAUUCAUUGGAAUCUUAUGUGUGCAUGCAUUGAAAGUACUUAAUCAUAGACACAUCAAGACAAUCCCCUCGCAUUAUAUAUUAAGAAGAUGGACUGUUGAUGUGAAGGUGAAGGCUGUUGAAGCAUCAUGUGGCUCUAAUAUAACUCUUGAUGAAAGGGAGAAAGCAGCAAUACGUUACAAGGAGAUGAAUCGUUUGCUUAACCAAGUAGCAGAUAGAGCUGCAUCUGUUGAAGAUGCUUACAAGGUUGUUAUGGAGAGUGCAAAUAGGCUUUUGAAAGAAGUCACAGAAUGUUUAAAACACACAAACUUUGAGAAGUCAUUUGUUGCAUCAAAGGUUAUGGGAGCAGAAAUUAAUGAUACCGUUAGCUCUAUUUGCUCUCCUUCCACACAUUUUGAUGAUAUAUGUAAAGAUGCCGUUAGCAACAAUAUCAGUUCUACUGAAGGAGUGUCAUCCACUGUAGUGAAAGGAUUUAAAGACAAGGUGACAACUGUAUGUUCUUCAAAGAGGCCAACAGAUGCUUUAGAAAAGACCAUAACAAAGAGGACAAAAUGGAAGAAUAACCAAUCUGUUGAUGAAUGUUCUACCCGACAGCCUACACAGGAAUCAAACGAACAACAACACACAUCUCAUACAUUUGGUUUGGAUUCAAUUACCUUCAACAUUGGUUUGCAUAGUCCACAAAAUUAUUUGUUCUAUGGACAGCCCAACUCCUUCGACACUGAUCAUAACAUGUCUCAAUCAUUACAGACACAAUUACAUGCAAGUGUUUCCAAAGAAUCCAUUCACAUUGAAUCUCAUGUGAGCCAGGAAUCAUCAAGGAAGACUCGUAGCAUUUCAGAAGAUGUAGUAAAAUUUUGAACCUGAACCCUUUUCUCUGGAUGAACAUUUGUGGAUUACGUGUAAGGCAGAGUCUAGCAACAUGAUCUCUCCAAAGAAGCAAAGACCCGAAUAGUGGUUUACCUUGGGAGAAUUUUUGGACAUCUAGGCUCUCCAGACUUGUCAAUUUGUUACAUAUUACGGGCAAUACUGGUUUUCCUAAUAGAUAAGAGGCAUCAACUCUGUAGAACUACUAGCUAGGAGUUCAGUGUAGUAUGUAUUAUACUACUGGUUUUUUAGUUCUUAUAUUAGUUAGCUACCCUUCAUUAAAUUUCUAAGUUGGUGCUUUUGGGAGGGUGAAGCAAAAGCUUUUUUUAGGUAAAAGGAGGCUCUGAAUUCAAGCACAUUUACAGCCAUGUACAAAGUAGGUGACACAGUUAGGUUAUGCUUAAAGAGGUUGUCCUCGAUUAUCUUGUUUUGAAGUGCAGAUGGAUGGUCAGGACCAGUUCAGGUA